CCGCAUAUCUAUGACCGUAUUCAAUUGUUGAAAUAAGUACGUUAAAUAUUAACUUUGGUAUCUGCAGCCUAACCAAUGUUUCAAUGGCCCAAUACAGUAAAUUUAAGAUAUAAAUAUGCCGACCGGUAGAGUUAUUUCCCUCCCAAACUAUGGAAAAGUUAAGUGUGGUAAAAUAACUAAGGCUGAAUCAUGUUCUGUUGAAGUGGAAAAUUAUUUUGGCAUUCCAUUUGCCAAGCCUCCUAUUGGAAAACUUCGGUUUUCGGCUCCUCAAAGAGCAGAGCCAUGGGCAGGCAUACUUUGCGAAAAAAGCGUCAAGAAAAUUCCUCUUCAAUCUGUUGGAAGUCUGAAUUUGUCCUCAAAUUUUCGAAUCAGCAAAAAUAUUUUCUCACAGAAAAAUGCAACUGAGGAUUGCUUGUAUUUGAGCAUAUAUGCUCCUUCUAUUAGGAAAUCACACCCCUUGCCGGUGAUGGUUUGGUUUUAUGGUGGCUCUUUUCAAAUGGGUCCAUCUGUGAAAUUUGAUGCUACAGCACUUGCAGCGAUGAAUGAAGUUAUUGUUGUUGUCCCAAACUACAGGGUUGGUAUAUUUGGAUUCCUCUCUCUGGGCCAUGAAACAGAAUGUAAAGGAAACAUGGGACUUCUGGACCAGUUGGAAUCAUUAAAGUGGGUAAAGGAAAACAUUGAAUAUUUUGGUGGAGACAAAAACAAUGUAACAAUCUUUGGUGAAAGUGCUGGUGGCAUUUCAGUUCAUAUGCACAUGAUGUCUCCAUUAUCUGCAGGUUAUUUCCACAAAGCCAUCAGCCAUAGUGGGACUGCCAACAUGCCAGGGGUUUAUUUUAGUGACCAACAACGAAUCGUAACUAAACUUCUUGAAUCACUUAAUAUAAAAGAAACUGAUCCAUCAUUAGUUCUCCACCAACUUCAAAAUCUUCCAGCAGAUCAGCUUGUGGAUUAUAAUGCAGUGCAGUUCCGCUUUGGCUGGUACCCGACAUUUGACAACCACUUUUUCAAAACUUCACCUGAAAUGGCAACUGUGGCCAAAGUACCUUUUCUGUUGGGUUGUAACAGCGAUGAAGGUGGAUGGUUAAUGGCGUUAACUACUCCUAAUUUUAUUAGUGGACUUUCAAAGCAGGAGUUUUCCCACUAUGCCAGGAUUUUACUUAGAAAAUAUGACAAGACCAUUGACUACAAUAAAGCAUUACCAGUACUUAUAAUGAGGUACAGCAGGGGUUUAGAUGUGAAAGACAAGAUGUAUUAUUCCAAUCUGUAUGGAAGAAUGAUGGGUGAUUGUAUUUUCGUCAACAGGAUUAUUCAGACAUCCCAAGCAAAUUCAGAUAAAGGUGUAGACACGUUCUUAUAUUUCAUGAGCCAUCCACCACUUCAUAAGCAUGGUGAUGGCUACGGUCCGCUUAUAGCUAGAUUGCCUGAUCAUAUCGGAACAGACCAUGCAGAUGAUAUUCCGUUUACAUUCGGGUUACCAUUUUUACCCAAUAGUUUGAAAAGUGGGUACAGGUUUAGUGCUGAUGAAGCAAAACUGAGCAAAAACAUGAUGACUUUUUUUACCAACUUUGCAAAAACUGGAAACCCAAACAAGCCUCUUCCAUUAGAAACGGAAUGGCCAUUGUACAAUUCUGAGUCAAGAAAACAUGUUGAGUUUACAGUACCAUCAAUAAAAGUCGGUUCCAAUCUUGGGCAAGAUAAAUUGCAUCUGUACAAUAAGAAACUUGCAAAAUUGUAAUGCAUUGCAUUUUUUGCGUCAGGUUAGCACUUAAUUUAAAAUUGACGUGUUCCUAAUCGUGUUUAUUUUUAAUUGUUUAAAGUUUACUGUUGAUAAUAUUGUAAUAAUAAAAAAAACUUUUCUUUGAUUAAGGAAUUUACCUGGAAAUUGAAAAUGCUUAAAUGAUAUUAUCGACAAGAGUAGUAUUUGUAAUCAAUAUUUUCACACUGGCAUCGUAGUCACUGACAGUUCCUGUACUAUACUGACAUCGUUAGCGUGGAAGAAAGUGGUAACGUCAGAACAUCGCCCACCUCUCGAAUUGCCACCAAUCGACGAUAGUGUAGAACUUUAGACCAAAGUUAGUAUAGACCGGUGUG